GGGGAAAGGGGAAGUUCAGGAGGGAGGCCUCAGAGAAGGCUGAUGGGAGAGGAGAGCCAGUAGACAGAGCUCCAGCUCGGUCUCUAUCCACCUAUCUACUGGUCUCUCCAUCAGCAUCUACUGAGCUAUGAGCCAAACCAGGGAUUUACAGGGAGGAAAAGCCUUUGGGCUGCUGAAGGCUCAGCAGGAAGAGAGACUGGAUGAAAUCAACAAGCAAUUCCUGGAUGAUCCCAAAUAUAGCAGUGAUGAGGAUCUGCCCUCCAAACUGGAAACCUUCAAGAAGAAAUACAUGGAGUUUGACCUGAAUGGAAACGGAGAUAUCGAUAUCAUGUCCCUGAAGCGGAUGCUGGAGAAACUUGGGGUCCCCAAGACCCACAUGGAGCUCAAGAAAUUAAUCAGGGAGGUGUCUGGCAGCUCUGGGGAGACUUUCAGUUACUCUGACUUCCUCAAGAUGAUGCUGGGCAAGAGAUCUGCCAUCCUAAAAAUGAUCCUGAUGUACGAGGAGAAAGCAAGAGAACAGGAGAAGCCAGCAGGUCCCCCAGCCAAGAAAAAUAUCUCUGAGUUGCCCUGAUUUGUGGUAGGGGAGAUGUGGUGAGAUUGAUGGGACUUCUAAAGACCCCAACAUGGAAAAAGGGCACAGAAUUGUGGGCCAGAGGUGCACUAAAUUAAAUAAACUAUCCUUCUCCAGAU